AUGGACAAUCUAGAUAGUUGCGUUGAAUUUGUAUCAGUUGGCCUUGAUUCGAAUAAAAAACCCCUACUAUUUAUCAACCUACACGUCCAGAACUCCCCGGCAGAUCCUAUUAAAACCCUUAUAGACUCAGGAGCCACGUCGAAUUUUAUCUCCCCCUCGAUUGUGGAAAAACUGAAAAUCCCAAAAACCCAACUCGAAAAUCCACGAGUUGUGAGAAUGUUAGACGGUACCCUGUCCCAGACUGGUCGCAUAUGGCACCAGGUUCAACUCGCGGUUUUGGCCAAUGGCCACUCACACACAAUUCCCUUCCUAGUCUGUCCCAUUGGGGACACCCCGGCAAUUUUAGGCAUGACAUGGUUGACGGCAGAAGCUCCCCUCAUUGACUGGCAACAGGGAUUGGUUACCUUCCCUGAACAAGUACAAAUUGCCUCAGAAGAGGAAGCGGACUCGGACCCUUUAGCGGAUCUCCCCCCUCAGUACCAUGAGUUUGCUAAAGUCUUUGGCGAAGAAGAAUUCAAGGUACUCCCUCCACAUAGGGAAUACGACAUUGCCAUAGACCUUGUCCCAGAUGCCAAACUGUCCCCUGGGCCCAUAUACGGAAUGACUGACGCAGAAUCCAAGGCAUUGAAACAACACAUCGAUGAAGAACUAGCCACGGGCAAGAUCCGCCCCAGUACCUCAUCCGCCGGAGCCCCCGUCAUGUUUGUCAAAAAAGCUGAUGGUUCUCUUAGGCUUGUUGUGGAUUACAGAAAGCUCAAUGAUGUCACCCAUAAGAACGUCUACCCACUCCCCAGACAGGACGACCUCAUGGCCAAGUUAAGGCAUGCCAAGAUAUUCACCAAGUUGGACUUACGCUGGGGCUACAACAAUGUACGAAUUAAGGAAGGAGACGAAUGGAAGACAGCCUUUAGAACCAAAUACGGCCUCUUCGAAUACCUAGUCAUGCCCUUCGGCCUCACCAAUGCCCCUGCAGCGUUCCAACACUUCAUGAACAACCUGUUCCGGGAUCUGAUUGACAUUACCGUGGUAAUAUACCUAGAUGAUAUCCUCAUUUUCUCAGAAAAUCCAGAGGACCACCCGGCUCACGUCAGAGAAGUGUUGUCACGACUUAUGAAGAACCAGCUUUUCUGCAAGCUAUCAAAAUGUCACUUCCACGUCACGACGGUCGAUUACCUUGGGAUUGUUAUAUCCCCAUCAGGCUUUUCCAUGGAUCAGAAGAAGGUAGAAGCAGUCACGUCAUGGCCUCAGCCCAGAACGGUCAAACAAGUCCAGGCAUUCUUAGGCUUUGUCAACUAUCUCCGACGGUUCAUUCCCAACUUCAGCUCUGUCGCACGACCCUUGCAUAACCUCACCAAAAAGGAAACCCCUUGGUCAUGGGGAGACCUAGAGGAAGCAGCCUUCCAAGAGUUAAAGGUCCUAGUUACCCAGUCCCCGGUUCUGAUUCACUCCAACCCCGAACUUCCCUAUUACCUGGAAACGGACGCGUCAGGAGUAGCUAUGGGUGCCAUCUUAAGCCAAAGAGGCCCAGAUAAUCGGUUACAUCCUAUUGCCUAUAUGUCCAAAUCAUUUUCAGGGGCGGAAGCUAAUUAUGACACCCACAACAAAGAGCUCCUGGCUAUUAUUAAGGCAUUGGAGGAAUGGAGGAUAUUCUUGGAGGCAACGGACAAACCGGUACAAGUGUUCACGGACCAUCGGAAUCUGGAAUACUGGAUGCAGGCACAGACAUUCAACAGAAGGCACGCGCGAUGGCGUAUUUUCCUGAGCGACUUCAACUUUGAAAUCCACUAUCGCCCCGGAAAACAAUCAGGAAAACCAGACGCGCUAUCCAGGAGAUCAGAUUACAUAGACGCUCCCCCAGAUCCAGAAGUCAUGCUGCCAUCAGAGGUCUUUGCCAACACAUCAGAAGCGGAACUCGAGAUUGUCACAGAAAUCCGAGAGAAGCUGAAGGACGACCCAUCCCUGGAACCCAUCAUCCAGUUCCUGACAGAAGAUGCAGACAACGCCCCUCCUUCCAUUCGCAAGGCAUACAGGGAUUAUGACUGGGAGGAAGACCUUCUCUGGUACCGCGGUAAACUAGCUGUCCCAGAUUCGGAAGCCCUAAAGGAACGUUUACUCAGGGAAUUUCAUGACUCACCCCUAGCAGGGCACCCGGGACAACAGAGGACCCUGGAGCUCCUAAGUCGCAACUACUGGUGGCCAGGUAUGAAGUCAUCUGCCAAGGAAUGGGUGGAAUGUUGCCCUAUCUGUCAAGCCAACCGACGCGCUCACGCCCCUGUCAUCGCCCUGAAACCCUUAGAAGUUCCCCCCUUUCCGUUCCACACAAUAUCCUAUGACUUCAUCACAGGAUUCCCCAGGUCUAACGGGCACGACGCAAUCUUGGUAGUAAUCGACUCCUUCUCAAAGUUUGGACAUUUCAUCCCAACUUCCAAAAAGGUUACCGCAAAAGGUCUUGCCGACUUGUUCAUCACUCACGUCUGGAAACUCCAUGGACUACCUGUCAGAACCAUCUCAGAUCGAGGGACUACCUUCACAGGGAAAUUCUUAAGGGCGUUAUAUCAGCGGCUUGGGGUCAGACCAGCAUUUUCCUCGGCCUACCAUCCAGAAUCAGACAGACAAACUGAAAGGGUUAACCAAUUUAUCGAGUUCUACCUGCGCUCCUACGUUGCCGCUGACCACUCCGACUGGGCCGCAUGGCUACCAUUGGCAGAAUACGCAUACAAUAAUGCCAAACAUGCAGCAACAGGGAAGUCACCCUUCGAGCUGGUCUAUGGACGAAACCCAGUCAUGAACCCGUCCAACGUACCGGCCAACGUCCCAGAAGCAGACGCGGUAGCAGAUACAUUAGCCCGGGAAUGGAAGGAAGCAGAAUCAGCUCUCCAAAUGAGCAAAGAACGGAUGACAAGAAGCCAAGGGGUAGUACCUGAGUUCUCAAUAGGCGAAAAAGUCUGGCUGGAUGGAAAAAACGUGGACCUUAGGACCAAUUCAAAUAAACUGGACCCAAAACGCCUUGGGCCCUUCAAGGUCAUAGAAAAGAUCUCCAGCCACGCCUACCGCCUGGAACUACCGGAAACUUUGAAAAUCCAUGACGUCUUCUAUGUUGGGUUACUAUCAAAAAGCCACGAAUCACCCAGUCAGCCAUUCCCAGAACAACCUCCCCCUGAGACAAUAGAAGGGGAAGAAGAAUACGAGGUUGAACAAAUCAUUGACUCUAAACGCCAACGGGGAAAAUGGUUCUAUUUGAUAAAGUGGAAAGGAUACGGUCCGGAGGACAAUUCAUGGGAACCAGAGGAGCUAUUAGAACACAGCCAGGAAGAGAUCAAACGCUUCAACCAAGCUAGACUCAGAAAGGCUUGUGACGCCGCCAAGAGCCUUUAA